CUUGCUUCAAGCAGGCGGCCUUCACCUUGGCUGCUCCCCGCCUCUCCUGCCUGUUGUUACCAGGCCAUGCUGCAGGGCUGCCGCCGCUUCGCCAGCCACCUCUGGGGCCACAGAUUACUGACAGCAGGGUUUCAGGAACGUAGCGUCUGCGCCAUGAACAGCCUGGCCAUGAAGCGGGUGGUCAACGAUAUCGCCAAGUCUCCGGAGGACAAGAGGGAGUACCGAGGCCUGGAGCUGGCAAACGGCAUCAAAGCGAUCCUCAUCAGCGACCCCACCACCGAUAAAUCCUCGGCCGCCCUCGAUGUGCACAUCGGAUCGCUGUCCGACCCCGAUAACAUCGCGGGUCUGGCCCACUUCUGCGAGCACAUGCUGUUCUUGGGGACAGAGAAGUACCCGAAGGAAAACGAGUACAGCCAGUUCCUGAGCGAGCACGCGGGCAGCUCCAACGCCUUCACCAGCGGCGAGCACACUAACUACUACUUCGACGUCUCGCACAAGCAUCUGGAAGGCGCCCUGGACAGGUUUGCCCAGUUUUUUCUGUGCCCUCUGUUUGACGAGAGCUGCAAGGACCGAGAGGUUAACGCCGUGGAUUCGGAGCACGAGAAGAAUCUGAUGAACGACGCCUGGCGUCUCUUCCAGCUGGAGAAGGCCACCGGGAAUCCGAAACAUCCAUUUAGCAAAUUUGGAACCGGUAACAAACUGACUCUUGAAACGAGACCAACCCAGGACGGCAUCGACAUCCGACAGGAGCUGCUUAAAUUUCACUCCACGUACUACUCGUCUAAUCUGAUGAGUCUGUGCGUCCUCGGACGAGAAUCCCUCGAUGAAAUGACGGAGCUGGUCGUGAAGCUUUUUGCCGAAGUGGAGAACAAAAAUGUCCCUCUCCCCGAAUUCCCGGAUAACCCUUUCCAGGAGGAACAUCUCCGGCAAAUCUACAAGAUCGUGCCUGUGAAGGACAUACGGAAUCUAUACGUCACGUUCCCGAUACCUGACCUGCAGAAGUAUUACAAGUCCAACCCCGGCCAUUACCUUGGACAUCUCAUCGGCCACGAAGGGCCAGGCAGUCUCCUGUCUGAACUGAAGUCUAAAGGCUGGGUAAAUACUCUGGUCGGUGGCCAAAAAGAAGGCGCGAGAGGAUUUAUGUUUUUCAUCAUUAACGUGGAUCUGACCGAAGAAGGUCUCUUGCAUGUUGAUGACAUCAUUUUCCACAUGUUCCAGUACAUCCAAAAGCUCCGUACGGAAGGGCCCCAGGAGUGGGUGUUUCAGGAGUGCAAGGAUCUAAAUGCAGUUGCCUUUCGCUUUAAAGAUAAGGAGAGACCGCGCGGGUACACCUCGAAGCUCGCAGGAUUGUUACAUUACUACCCCUUAGAGGAAGCCUUAGCAGCGGAGUAUUUACUGGAAGAAUUCCGGCCGGACCUGAUCGAAAUGGUGCUCGAUAAGCUGAGGCCGGAAAACGUUCGGGUGGCAAUAGUCUCCAAAUCCUUCGAGGGCAAGACCGAUCGGACAGAGGAAUGGUACGGCACGCAGUACAAGCAAGAGGACCUCCCGGCGGAGGCCAUUGAGAAAUGGCAGAAUGCGGACCUCAACGGGAAAUUUAAGCUGCCGACGAAGAACGAGUUUAUACCAACAAAUUUCGAGAUCCUUCCUUUGGAGAAAGACGCGUCGCCGUAUCCUGCCCUGAUUAAGGACACCGCCAUGAGCAAAGUCUGGUUCAAACAAGAUGACAAAUUCUUCCUUCCAAAAGCUUGCCUGAACUUCGAGUUCUUCAGUCGAUACCUUUAUGCCGACCCUCUUCAUUGCAACAUGACAUACCUCUUUCUGAGACUAUUGAAGGAUGAUUUAAAAGAGUAUACAUAUGCAGCUCGCCUCUCGGGUUUGGGCUAUGGCAUUGCGUCCGGAAUGAAUGCCAUCCUUCUCUCGGUAAAAGGUUACAACGACAAGCAGCACAUCUUACUAAAGAAGAUCGUCGAAAAAAUGGCCACUUUUGAGAUAGACGAGAAAAGAUUUGAGAUUAUUAAAGAAGCGUAUAUGCGUUCCCUUAAUAAUUUCCGCGCAGAACAGCCGCACCAGCAUGCGAUGUAUUACCUGCGGCUGCUGAUGACCGAGGUGGCCUGGACCAAGGAUGAGCUGAAGGAGGCUCUGGAGGAUGUCACCCUCCAUCGUUUGAAAGCCUUCAUUCCUCAGCUGCUGUCCCGGCUGCACGUCGAGGCGCUUCUUCACGGCAAUAUCACAAAGCAGGCCGCGCUGGGCAUCACACAGAUGGUGGAGGACACGCUUAUCGAGCAUGCGCACACCAAGCCUCUCCUGCCGAGCCAGCUGGUCCGAUACAGAGAGGUGCAGCUGCCUGACCGGGGCUGGUUCGUCUAUCAGCAAAGGAACGAGGUUCACAAUAACUGCGGGAUAGAAAUUUAUUACCAGACGGACAUGCAGAGCACCUCGGAGAACAUGCUCCUCGAGCUCUUCUGCCAGAUUAUUUCCGAGCCGUGCUUCAACACCCUGAGGACCAAGGAGCAGUUGGGUUACAUCGUGUUCAGCGGCCCCCGCAGGGCCAAUGGGAUCCAAGGCCUGCGGUUUAUUAUCCAGUCCGAGAAGCCGCCUCAUUACCUGGAGAGCCGCGUGGAGGCUUUCCUGAAGACCACGGAGAAGUCCCUGGCAGACAUGUCCGACGAGGCCUUCCAGAAGCACAUCCAGGCGCUGGCGAUACGCCGUCUAGACAAGCCAAAGAAGCUCUCUGCGGAGUGCGCCAAGUACUGGGGAGAAAUAAUUUCCCAGCAGUAUAACUUUGACAGAGAUAAUAUUGAAGUCGCGUAUUUGAAGACCCUUGUAAAAGAUGACAUCAUUAAGUUUUACACGGAUCUGCUGGCCGUGGAGGCGCCAAGGAGACACAAAGUGUCCGUCCACGUUCUGGCCAGAGAGAUGGAUUCAUGCCCUGUGGUGGAAGAGUUCCCGUGUCAGAACGAUGUUAACCUGGCCCCGGCACCCCCCCUUCCACAGCCUGCUGUCAUUAACAACAUGACGGAGUUUAAGCGAAGUCUACCUCUGUUCCCCCUGGUGAAGCCUCACAUAAACCUCAUGGCUGCAAAACUAUGAUCCCUUCUGCAAGCAGACAACCAGGUGCUGGAUCUCGGAACGGCCCUUAAACAACGAGUGACAAAUAUCGGUUUAAAUAGUAGGAUUUUGCAAAUAGACAUUUAGUGCGUCUCUGUAGUACGAAUCUGCGGCUCGCUUCACCUCGUGGGAUGUCCGAGACGCUCGGUCGGGAAGCAGGAACGCGUCCUGCGAUGGAUUUAGAAUGAAGAAAUGUAUGAUGUCAUCUGUCGUUACGUACGAUGUAUAACCGCGGAUACGGAGAAUGCCGGGAAACAAUAUCCUUUACCUAUUCCCCACCAAAUUUAUUUAUGGCUAAAUUUUAGAAUCGGUCCUAAUCUUUCCCAAAACCUACAAAUCCCUCCAGCUUCAGCGGCAAGACGGAAGCUUGUAGAGGUCGGGAGAUCCGGCACCUUCGUACGUAAUCGAUGAUUCCGCCUUUAAGAUGUUUAACCCCGUAGGGUUAGCCUGGGCUGUAAGCGACAGAUGGUAAUUAAGUAACGUGACCCUUUCUUAAUGAAACUGGAACGUUUGGGAUAAAUGUCUAGAAUGACCUCCAGGAUGGCGCCCGCAAAUAUGGCCGCCCAUAUCAUAACUUGAUUUAUUAUUCUUUACAGCAUAGUUUGGAGUUAACUAAACCCAAAUUUGGGAAGAAAAAUGACUUUAUUAAUCGUAAAGUGCAUUCGUUGUAACGGUUUUAAUCUUUCUAAAGGCAAACGUUGAGAUUUUAUAACGUGGCAGGAGUGCUGAAAACCCACAAGAGUUUUAUUUGGGGUCUUUAAUUUCUCACCUUAAUUAUUUUAUUAAAGUUUUAUUUUGUGUAA